ACUCAUUUGGCCAGUCACGGGGCCAAAACCAGUGUUUGGAGCCACAGUGUGGCGGUGGAGGCAGCAGCAAUGGGAGGCCAUACAGCAACCUAUGACAAAAUGGAAACCAGCAGGAGUGUGAGGAGACCUGAAAGUGGCACAUGGCAGAGUGGGAGCAAUGGGAGGCGGUACAGGGACCCAGGUCACACUGUGGGCCCAGCAGCAGCGUGACCAGGCGGUACGGGGGCCCAUGGCCGAUUUGGGGCCUGGCGGCACCUAUGGGAGGCCUGUAAUCUGCCAGCAACCUAUGACAAAAUGGAAAACCGCAGGAGUGUGAGGAGACCUCAAAGUGGCACAUGGCAGAGUGGGAGCAAUGGGAGGCGGUACAGGGACCCAGGUCACACUGUGGGACCCAGCA